UCGUGCGCGUUCACAAGCGAAGGCGAAUGCGGUACGGAAAAACAAGCGAGCGGCGGCGGAGCGACAGAACGGGCACAGUUUACCUCCACAUCACAAGAUCGGAGUUUGGAGCGGAAAUUUCACGCCCUUUCGGGUCGUGUUAGCAUCGGAGACGACUGAGGCUAUUCACGAGCAGGAACAAUAGGAUGCAGUGUAGACUUAGCUGGUGACUGGUCUGCAGGCUCUCCUCUUUGCUUGUCCCUGGAGUCAACCAGCUUGGGGGAGCAGAUUCCUGCGUUCCCCUCCUUUAGUCUUCGUCUUGACGGAACUGAACGCCCACCAUUGGAAUACUCAGCUUGUGUUCACCUGUGUUGCUUGGAUCAGCACAGCUCAUCUCCUGACUGAGGAGAGCACAGCAGCUGCACAAGAUUCACCUUCCACUGACUGAUCCCUCCCAGUCCCACCCACGCUGCUCCCUCCACCAUGGUGCUGUCACAACGGCAACGAGAUGAACUAAAUCGAGCGAUAGCCGAUUAUCUACGUUCCAAUGGAUACGAAGAGGCAUAUUCCACUUUCAAGAAGGAGGCGGAAUUAGAUAAUAAUGAUGAUUUGGAUAAGAAGUACGCUGGCCUUUUGGAAAAGAAAUGGACCUCAGUCAUCAGAUUACAAAAGAAGGUGAUGGAGCUUGAAUCUAAACUGAAUGAAGCUAAAGAGGAGAUUACCCUGGGUGGGCCUGUCAGUCAGAAGCGUGACCCCAAAGAGUGGAUCCCGCGUCCACCAGAAAGGUACGCGCUGAGUGGUCACCGCAGUCCAGUCACCCGCGUCAUCUUCCACCCAGUCUUCAGUGUCAUGGUCUCAGCUUCUGAAGAUGCAACAAUAAAGGUGUGGGACUAUGAGACAGGAGAUUUUGAACGCACACUGAAAGGCCACACAGAUUCAGUGCAGGACAUCUCAUUUGACCAGACUGGCAAACUGCUUGCGUCCUGCUCUGCAGACAUGACUAUCAAGCUGUGGGAUUUCCAGGGUUUUGAGUGCAUCAGGACCAUGCAUGGACAUGACCACAAUGUUUCAUCUGUAGCCAUCAUGCCAAACGGAGAUCACAUUGUGUCUGCCUCAAGGGACAAAACCAUAAAAAUGUGGGAGGUGGCAACUGGCUACUGUGUAAAGACCUUCACAGGCCACAGGGAAUGGGUUCGUAUGGUGCGACCAAACCAAGAUGGCACACUGAUUGCCAGCUGCUCCAAUGACCAGACAGUUCGUGUAUGGGUUGUGGCCUCCAAAGAGUGCAAGGCUGAGCUGAGGGAACAUGAACAUGUAGUGGAGUGCAUCUCCUGGGCACCAGAGAGCGCACACCCCACAAUCCUUGAUGCCACAGGCUCAGAGACCAAGAAAAGCGGUAAGCCAGGUCCUUUCCUGCUGUCUGGCUCCAGAGACAAAACCAUCAAGAUGUGGGAUGUUAGCAUUGGCAUGUGCCUUAUGACACUGGUCGGCCAUGACAACUGGGUGCGUGGGAUCCUCUUCCACCCUGGAGGCAAGUUUAUUGUGUCCUGUGCAGAUGACAAGACCUUAAGGAUCUGGGACUACAAGAACAAGCGCUGCAUGAAAACCCUUGGUGCCCAUGAACACUUUGUUACCUCUCUGGAUUUCCACAAGGCUGCUCCCUAUGUGGUCACUGGGAGCGUAGAUCAAACAUUAAAAGUGUGGGAGUGCCGCUGAUCUGGACCUAGGAGAACAGAACCAACACCUAAUUAUCCAGGCGCUCUUCUGGAUCCCACCUUCCCUUCUGCCACCUAACCUCCUUUUUCAUCUCACCUCUCCCCUCCACCCCUCUAAUCUAACCUAAGCCCCCCAUCUUCAUCUCCUAUGGCUGCACUUACAACUGUUGCGCUCUCUGGUCCAAUAACUUUUGUCAUUCUGUGUAAAUUAUUCCUGGAUGUAGAUCGAGCUAUUAAAUGUUACACAAAAAAGUAUUCUUGCAUGGUAAUCCAAAAUUGUAUACUGUAAAUUUACAUAACGUUGUCUAGAAGUACCAUAGGUUUAACACAGGGCUGGCCGUCACGCAGCCUUAUCGACCAACUGAAGGCAAAUGUUUUUGACUGGGUGUAAAAUGUAGGGCACUAAAAACCGAUAAUUUAAGAAAUGACAGUGUCUUUAUGUGUAAGAUUUAUUUUUGUCUAUUUUUUUAUUUAGGAUUUUUUUUCUGUUAUUUCUCUCCUUCACUGUCGUAGUCUGUUGGUGCCUAGCUUGGUGAAAUUUUCAAGAGAUAAGGCAGGAAAAGCAUAUGAGAUGGGAUACGAUUGUCUGUGGGGCUUUGUUAUUGAAAUAAUCUGUAGCUUUAUAACAUCACUUCAAGUGUGCAUACCGUUUCUCUUCAUGUGGAUCUAGGUAAUAUUUUAAUGGCUGUAUAUACGAAUGUUUCAAACUGUUGUCCUUGGACCCCAGGGGCUUUAAAACAGCUUUGUACUCUUGUCAUGGUGGCACAUGAACCACUGCUAGGCUUUAGAUAAAUUAUCCCAUUUAUUAAAUCUGCAGCAAAGUAUGAAAUGGUGAAAUUUUACUUUUCAGAAGGAACAUGAUGAAUCAAACAAGUUUGUUUGGCUUUUACAGUGUGUGUGAACGCCCUGGGUUGCAGCAGUACCUGAGCAGAGUUUAGGGAUUACAUGCUUAAUCUCUAGCUCUUGAUAAAGACCUUGGGUCAGUCUCACUUUACAAGUCAAUUUCCUGUGACCUUGCAUGUCAGACAUAUGUCAAACUGAUCCCUCUGUCUACUUGUAGUCCCCUGACCACAAGUCAGAAGUUGCUCAGUUGUCCCAUGGUGCCUCUGAAGGCUACAAACACAAGCCUUGUGUAAAAUAAGUGUGUCAAACAGAAAACAAAGGCAUGACAAGGAGUCAAAGUGGGCCCUUCUGGGUUUCCUGUCUGGGAUGUGCAAAGAUCGCUACUUUCUGAGGGGUGAAAUAUAUGUUCUGCGUAAUAAAAGAACUUUUCUGUGAAAAUAAUGUAAAUUUAGCUUGUUAGUAGAAGAUUUGGCAGUUUUGUAUUAGCACGCUAAAGUCAGAACUGGAUGGGAAUAUAGUACUAAUGAGGAAAUGCUAGCAGCAGACAUGUAAAGUGAUUAAAGAUGCUGUUUGGUCUGUAGAGGGUGUAUUGCAAAGGGUUGGUCAUCAUUAUGAACUGUCCUGUGAAAGAGGCAGUGCGUCUCCUGGAUAAGCUGUGGAAGGGAGAGCUAAUGCCUGCGUAAGAACCAUGUCUACGAACCUCACAGACCACCUCACGCAUGCAAACAUCUUCUGAGUGGCUUUUCCCAAAUGUUCAGCUUUUGAUCCUUGUGGGGCUGUAACUGCUAAACAGGAAGAUUUUUGUAAAGACUGGAAAAUAACUGUAAACCAGCCCACACUGCAGAAACAGCCAUUCCACUCUCCUUGGAGGACAAAUAAAAGAAACACCUUGCCUCUAACUGAAGCAGGCAAGGUGAUUCGUUAAUCUUGCACAUCCCUGUUUUCACGGAGUCUUUGGUCAUUUUAAUGAUGAUUAAAGAAAACGUUGAACUUUAAUGAUGUUACUAAAUGCAUAACCUUACGUUCUGAUUAGCCUUUUCAUUCCAAUGCAGUUCUUGGCUAAUAAAGAAUUACACUGCUUAACUCAUCUUAUCCUAGCUUCUUUGCCGAGUUUCUCUUCCUGUGUGUACUGGAUGUGGUGAUCUGCUGCUCAAGCUCCUGCUAGUGGCAUCUGUGAGCCUAUCUGUGACCUGUUGAUGUAGCACUGCUGCAUGUAAGCCUGCACCAGAUGCAGAGCUGUCAGAACAAUAAGUCACUGGGCUCUUUUUGCAAGGGACUCAUUAAUUGGUAUCAAAUAGGAAUGAGAGAAACUCUUUGCACAUCUGAAGCUGUUUGACAUUGUGGGAAAUAAGGAUUAUUUGCUUUCUUGCUCAGAGUUGAAUUUUAAUGUUUAUACCACUCCCCUAUUAUUAUUAUUAUUAUUAUUACUGUAUUUGAUGAUACACAUUUUAAAGAUGCAAAGCGCUUGAACUGAAAUAGUGGAAUCCAAGUAAAACAACUCAGAUGGUGAAUAAUGUGUUGGCCUAUGUCACACUAGCUGUUAUUACUGGUGUUUUCCCUGUUGUCUAGCAACAGCUCUCCUUGACUGCUGCAUCCAGCUACACAUAAUUAUACAAUAAAAAAUAGGUAUAACAAUAAUAUCAUCUAGUUGAUGGCAAGAAAGUGAAAAAUAUUUCCCAAAUGUCUAACUAGAAGAAAAAUGAACUGUUCCUGUCACAUGACUGUCUCCUUGGUUCAGACAGCUCUGUUCCCUGGUUGUAGAAUGGCUGAUGUUGUGUGUGUGUGAUGCUAUUCGGGGCAGGUUCACAUCCUGCUUUUUCUGUAAUUCAAUGGGAUUGUGGCAGACUAAGAUCUCCCAAAGGAGAAGCUCUCUUUUCAGGGAAUAUUAUAUUGGUGUCUCUUUUUGGCGUGUUCCCCCCUACAAAGGUCUUUUUUUCUGUUUUCUCUGUCCUAAGACUUGGGUUGAGGAAUCGGCUAAUUUUGUAAUACAAUUUGGCAUGGCUAAUGAAGAUGCCAAUUUGUUAAAUGUCUUAGCUAAAGCCAAAAAUGGAGGAUAACGUCAGUACAAUCUGGUUUAUCUUGAAACAAAAAUGGCCUCCUUGAUGGUCUAACACUGUGUGACCAUCGUUUUGAGAAGGAUGCUGUCUCCUCAGGUUCACGCUAUGACAUGCCAGACCAUAAAAUGUAAAUGAAAAACUUGCCUUCCUUGGUUGUACUCAAGGAAGGCGGUUAAACCAAGGUCAGGACGAUGUGUGUUCUGUUUUCUUUUGUAAUAAAAUGCUACAACACAGCUGGUGAUGUUGUAUUCAAGAAAAAAAAAUCCCUUUUGCCAUUAACAGGUCCAAAGCAAUCCCUGUGCUGCUCUGGUCUGGUGUGUGAAGGGACUGACAGACAGACUUUGACCGUCUGUGGGUUGUUUCCUCCAGCCUUAGAUCCACAUGUCCUCUGUAACCUGCCUGUGAACCACAUCUGAGGGCUUCAGACUGCACAACAAGCUCCCACAGGAGAGCUCAUGAUGUUUUCGCCACUAUGGUCUUCACUCUUCACUCAGCAACUGUUAACAAUAUACCUGGAUGUCAUUAUUGUUUGCAAUAUAAUAAAAGAAGUAAAGUCAGCA